AUUUCCCUCCUUUGGAUGAACGUUAUCAUUUAUUCCAGCGUUUAUUAUCCUGUGAUGGAGCUUUUACAAAUUUUUGACAAUUUUAAAUUGGACGAUCUGAACGAUAAGUGGGUAAAUACUGUGUGGGAUUCACAAUUUCUAACCUACGACGAACCACCUCAAGAUGAUUAUUUUCUUUUCAUUGAAAGCGAGGAUAUGGACUUAUUAUUACAAGACACUUGUGAGGUCGUCAAAGAUUGGCUUGCUAAAAUUCAUACUUCAGAAGAAUGCAAUAAUAAAGAAGCAAAUGUUUCUUGGGAUGUAUUAGUAAGUUUGAAUAUAAAUGUGCAUGCUUUGUUAUCGGUUUUAUACUAUAUAAUAAAAUCUGGUCAACGUGAUGAAGCUAAUAAAACAAGUAAGCAAACUUGUUUGAAUGCAACAAGUUUAUAUCUUAUGUUAUUAGCUAUACCUGGAAGUCGUGCUUUUAAUAUAUUUCAUCCAAACUUAUAUAAAAAAGCAAUUGAAUCUUUGAAAUUAUGUAAACUCCUAAUUCCAAUAGUUACAAAGGGAAAUAAAACUGUAACUUUAGAAUAUAUGGAUAUUAAUGAAGAUCAAUCGAGCGAUCAUGUUAUUUCACUUUCAGAAAAGGUUUUAUUGAUCGAAGGUCUUAAAAAUAUUUUGUCUAAUUUCAUCACAAUGAUAAAGUUAUUUUCAUUUAGAGCUUAUUCACAUUCAUUAGAUAUUACUAUCUCUGUAUUACUUGAAGUUACUGACGUUAAUCAGUUUGAAUAUCAAAAGACAAGAAAUAAAUUGUUUUGUAACGCUUAUACAGCUCUAUUUAAAUUAUGUGAUAAUAAACAUGGACCUAUCAAAACAACUAUUAUGAUGAUAGCAAAAUACAUACAUCCUCGUUUUCUCUUUAAUCAUAAUGAUCAUCAAAUCAAGUUUAUGGCAAAUAUGCAUGAAUUAACAAUAGAUUUUUUAAGAAAAUUAUUACAUACUUAUGAAAAAGAAGCAAAGAUUGCUAUAAUGACAUUAAUUCAAUAUAUUAUGAUUAAAUGUCCGGAACGACAAGAGGCUCGUCAAAAGCAAGCUACAGUAUUAUUAAAACUAAUUACAAUAUGCAAAGAAGAUAUCAUUAUACAUAUUAUUAAUGAUAUAAUAUCUCUUUCACAUCAUACAAAAGUAUCCUGUAGGCUAUUUGCUCAAGAGAUCAUUGGUAAACUUUUAAUAGAAUCUAAUUUAAAUAACCAUGAUUUAAUAGAAUCUUUACAGCGGAAGAAGAUAAAAAAAGCAUUAAUUGCUACAACAUUGAGUAGAUGUGUGGAUUCUUCUAAUAUGGUAAGAGGUAGAGCUAUGGCAACAAUUGCAGAGUUUACAGACAUACAAAAUAAUAUCAUUGAAAUGCUCGUAGAAGAUACAUCUGAAGUAUCAUGUUCUGAUGAGACACUUCCUUUAUUCGAUGAAUUAAGAACCAUAUUAUUAAGAGAUGUUAAUCAGAUGCCAACAUUAAAUACAGUACUCAUCAUGUUAAUAGAUCGAGUAGAAGAUGAAAGAGCAUUAGUAAGACGAAGUGCACUACAGAUUUUAAAAAAUUUGACUAUUAAGUUUCCCAUACUGACAUGUCAAGUUGCUCCUAUAGUUGGUCGUCGUUGCAGAGACCCUGUAAUGACAGUACGUCGUUUCGCAAUACAUAUAUUAUCUGUUAUUUUAGAAUAUUUUCCUAGUGAUUCACAAAUCCUUAAUGAGUGGGUAGAAACAGUAUUACCACAAAUAUUUGAUACUGAAAUUAAAGUACAAGAAAAAGCACUAGAAUCUUUCCAAGACUUACUAAUAAGUAAGAUAACGAAUCAUUCCAAAUAUACUGAUAAUGCAAAAAGCAGUUUACCAUGGAGAAUCGUAGGUAAAUUAACUGACAUGAAAAUGAUGAAACAUUUAUCAAGAGCUUGUAAAAUAUGGAUUAAAGAUAAUCUCAUAAACAACUCUUUAAUCACAGAUAUACAAUCACAUAUUGGAUCAGACAAUGAUACAUCUGCAUGGGUUCUUUUAACAGCAAUAUCUGAAAGCAUGAAAUUACCAAAUUUGAAUAAAUAUAUUGACGAUUAUAAAGAUCUUAUACAAAAAAAUAACUAUCAUUCAAAUUUAAUUUUACAAAUAUUGAGAAAUUCUUGGUCAUCUUUAAGUAAAAAUGACAUGAACGAUUUGUAUGAAUACCUUUAUCAAUGCCUUUGUGAUUUCAAAAUUCAUUUUAGUUUAAUUAGUAUUUGUCUUGAUAUCAUUGGUGGAAUAAUAAAACAUUUACAUCCUGAUGAUAAUAAUCAUUUAGUGCAAUCUAACACGAUGAAAUUAAUGGAAAUAUCAGAAAUAAAAAUACAAAAAAUGCUUAAAACUAAUAAUAAAACAAUAAUGGAUACAUCAAAUUAUAUAAAAGCUAUGUCUACGUUAGGACAUGUUGCAUUUUCAUGUACUAAUAAGCUUUCAUCGUCUACUUUACGUAUUUUGGAAGGCUUAUUACUUGAAUCAGAAUUAUUACCAGAUUCAAUAAAGGAAGUAAAAGAAUUACAAGCUUUUGCUGUGGUUGUGCUUGGACAACAUGCAAUAAGAGAUCAUGAGAUAGCACAAGAGGUAAUACCAAUUUUAGGUAGACUCUUGCGUAUGGAUAUAAAUCACAAUUCAAGCACAGAGAUAGCUAUUAAGGUGAAUGCUGCUAAAGCUUUAGCAGAUCUCUGUAUUAGGUUCACUACAUUAGUUGAACCUUAUUUGUCAGACAUGUGCAUUUGUAUGAAAGAUCGAAGUUCUAUAGUAAGAGAAGCUGUUGUUGUAAUAUUUAUACAAUUAUUGUUAGAAGAUUUUAUAAAAGUAAAAGGACCAUUCUUUUUCCAUAUAUUAACAAUGUUAUUUGACCCAGAUAAAAUGAUACGGGAGUUAACUAUUUUUUUAAUCGAAGAGAGACUUUUAAAAAAGAAUAAAGUACUAAUAUCACAAAAGUUUUUGGAAAGUAUAUAUCAUUAUAAUAAUUAUCAAUUCAAGCACAGAUUAUGUGAUCGUAAAAUGCGAAAGGAAGAAAAAGAAAUUUUAACAUUUCCUGGAAAUAAGAAUCAUGAUAAUAGAGCAAUUAUUUAUAAUUUUAUGAUAGAACAUUUAGAUCCUCCUGAAAAAAUAAAAUUACUUGUAAAACUAACUACGCAAAUACUUGGUAGAGUUUCAAAUGGUACAAUUAAUGUUACAAGUCAAAAAGGCGCAUGUGUUUUAAAAGACACAUUAUAUAUACUCAACAAUGAGCGUUUACAACCAUUUCUAUCCUCUAACAAACAUACAAUAAAUUCUCAAGAUCAAGAAGACUUUAUGAGUCCAUCAGAUGUAUCAACUACUAAUGCAAUAACUGUAAUUAUAGAAGGAAUGAAAAGGCAUGGUUUAGAUAUAUUGCUACCAACAUUACUAAAAGUAAAAGAAAAAUUGGAAAUUUUAAAAUCACCUUUAAAACAUGAUGUAAUGAGAUUUGUUUCUAGAAUGUAUACAAUUUAUAGCAAAGAACAUCUUACAAAUCUGUUAAAUGAAUAUCCACAAUUGGAAAAAGAAAUUGAUCAAUACAAAAGAAAUUUUGAUAAAGAUGCAAACAUGGAAACUGAUAAUGUUGAAAUACAAGAUAAUUUGAGAUCGCUUAAGACUGGCACAGAGAAUCUUAAAACAAAUGUACAACUUUCGAUUUGUACUCGUAUACCUAAAGUUAUUUUACAUCGUAUUUCACCAACAUCCUUUAAAAAAAGCCAAGAAUCUAAUCCAAGUACAAGUACACCAAAAUUAUCUGACAGAAGUUAUGAUCAUAAACGUGAUUAUAUAUUACCAAUUAAGUGUACUAAAAGAUCCUCUCAUUCUCAGGAGACGACAUUGGAUCGUAAAGUCAUAAAAAAUAGCACAGUGCAAAUUUUAAGUGAUAAUGAUUCUGAAUAGCCAAAAUAAUCAUUUUUAUAUUCAAUAAGACAUGUGGCAAUCGCGAAUAAUAAUCUAUAAAGAUUAUACCUACCUCGUAAUUUUUGUUGAAUAUGAAAAGCUGUUUGCGAGAUGGUUUGAGUACGAAUUUCAAGUUCUUUUUGCAUGUCUAGAAAUUAAAUAUAAAUAGGUCUUAAACUGAUAUUAAUAUUGUCAAAUUGAAACAUACCUUUGCUUGUAUGUGAUAAAACAUUAUUAUGCAAAUCUUUAACAAUUGAUAUAUUUUCCACUAGCAGUUGUAUAAAACCACGUACUUCUUCGACCUACAUUAACAUUAUUUCAUAUUUUUAUCACCCGAAUAUCACAUGAUUAUAUGUCAAUUCAUUAUACAUACUUCCACUAGCACUUCUUUUAAUUUUUUAUUUUGUGCUAUUUGAAUGUGAACAUCUUGCAAGAAUCCUCUGCCAAAUGUAGUACUGCUAUUACGGCACUUGAAGUCAAAGUGGAUAUAUUUAAAUAGCGUUUUUAUAAAUUGAACAGGAGAUAUAAUUUGAUUGAUGUGACUAAAUGUUUAAGUGGCACAAGAAUAAAGGAAAUAUUUGCUGAUAAGCUUAAAAUAAACUAUCUAUUUGUAUAAGAUACAAGAAUAUCAUAUAAGCUUUACUAAUAUAUUAUUCUUAAAUUAUGUCGUGAUAUAAUUAUGUGAUUUCGAAAAAGAAAUAUAUACUAACGGCACAUAAAUCGGGUAAGCGAUCGCGAACCAUGAUGAGUAUUGUUUCAAGAUCAACGUGUAACUGACGAUACCGGUGAACUGAAUACACACGAUAUAUAUCUCAUUAUCCAUCUUAUCAGGGCGUUGCAGGUAAUAGAUAAAAGUCAACGUUCCAUUUAUAUCGUGAAAUCGCGUGUAUAAUUUAAAUGGAUAGAUUUAAGUUUACGAAUAAUUUUUAUAUGAUGAAUAUCCUUGGCAUAGUUUCAAUCUAAAACAGAUCGUCUGUGUAAAUGAAGAUACUUUGCAUCUGGAAUGUAAUAGGAAACAGCCACUUAGCAGCUGAGCUACAAGGCCGAAAUUUAAAUCAAUUGCGAACACGUGUUCGUCUUCAUCUUAAGUGAAAAGCAUUGUAAUUCCAUUUAAUAUACUAUGUAAUAUCUGUUUAUUACACACAUGAUCUAUAUAAUAACUUUCUUAUGUUGGAAAAGAUCUUGAUUUUUAUUUAAAAAGAUAUUAUAUAAUUUACUUUGAAUAUAAAUACAGAUGCAUAUAGCAUAGAAUAAAUAUGCAAAGUAUGAAGUAAGUAUAUUAAUAUAAACAUCUAUCUAAGAUGUAUAAGAGAGAAAAAGAGAAUUUUAGUUAAGUUUAAUUAUAUAUAAUAUAUAAAUAUAUUCAAAAAGAGAGUACAACUAAUGUUUAUCUUAAAUUUAUAUACAUCUAAUCUAAAUAAUGCUGUGAUAUUAAAAAAGAAAAGAAAAUGAUUAGAUAAUAAUUGGAAUAUGCUACAACGUAACAAAUUAUUGUAUAAUAAUAAAUAUAUUAGUAUUUAAUAUACUUAAUGUACAUUUGUGUAGGUAAAAACAAAAUUGACGAAGAUCAUAUAUUUAUUUUAUAAUUGUAUAUAUUCUUUAUAGAAGAGUUACAAUAAAUAUAUUAUUAUUAUUAUGAGAUUUCUACAUUAUAAAACAAGAAGCUCUUUUUACAUUUGAAAAUAGAAUCAGUUAAUACAUAUUAAUACAUGAUAGUAAAAAAAUACUGUGCUGUUAUAGUGACAUUCAUUGCAUUUUAUUAUUGCAUUUUAUCAUAUAUCAUUUAACAACAACAAUGUGUGUAUAAUCUUUAAACUAUCUCAAAAAAUGGGAAGACAGUCAAGGUAGUGCAGGUAACAUGAUAUAAUAAAUCAGAACUUUAUCAAGUAUUGCUGUUAAAUAUUAAUGCAGACAUAUUAAUUAUUUUAUUACAAUUUAGAUCUUCCAAACUACUAAUUGAAUUUUUGAGUAUAUUAUU